AUGACACGGGAGCGACCGCAUCCCCCUUCAUUCUAUUGCCCCAUCAGCCGACAGUGCAUGCAUGAUCCCGUAAUUCUAUCCGACGGUCACACCUAUGAGCGUCGAUACAUCGAGAAGUGGCUCUUGCACAAGGACACUUCCCCUGUGAGUGGAGCGAAGCUGCCACAGAAGUCCUUCGUGCCGAAUCAUGCACUUCGAAAUGCCAUUGAAGAGUAUUUCGAGCAGGUGCUCUCUCGCCACCGCGAGGCCAUCCAGCAUACCACCGCCGGCCUCGUGAAACGACAUGGCAAAUUCAGCUGCAAUUCCGCCAUUCUUGGCACCAUUGACUCACUGAUGCAGUGUUCGAUUCUGUUGAAUGCGGAUCUCAGUGUGGAGAUGGUCCUGAAGCGCCUCAUGGAUGAGGCCAAGGGCCUCGUCGGCGCCGAGGUGGCGAGCGUCUUUCUUGUUGACAGGCAGCAUGGGGAGCUGUACUCGACGGUGAAUUCCACUGGAAAAGAGAUCCGCAUUCCCUUCAACUCUGGAGUGGCCGGUAGUGUGGCUUGCUCAGGCGAGCCGCUCAUCAUCAUGGAUGCCUAUGCUGACGCCAGGUUCAACACGGAGAUCGAUCGAAAGACUGGUUUCCAGACGCGAAAUAUUCUUUGCGUCCCAAUACGCGCUUUUAAGGCCGGCAUAAUCGGGGUGGCCCAGCUGAUCAACAAGACCGCUGGUGGCGUCCUCUCCCGCGAAGGAGAAGCUGCGCGUGCUGCCCCACGCCUUGCUUUCACACAGGAUGACCAGCUUUUCUUCGAGGUCUUCGCUUCGCAGGCCGGUACGGCCAUUAUCACCAGUGGCGUUUCUGAAGAGAUGCCAGUGCCAACCAGUCCGACGCAACAAGAAGGUACCUCUUCAGAGGAGCCUCUGUCUGCGCAAUCGUCCAUGAAGCAAAUGGCUGUAGAAGCCGUGCACGUGGAUCCGACUGAGGAGUUGGAGGAGAAGAUGCUGCUGUUGCAGCCAGUGUUAGAUGCGGCAAUGGAGAGCUGGAGUGCAGACACCCUGACGCUCUCCGAGCUCACAAGGGGCAGGCCACUCUAUGUCAUGAGUCUCUCCGUGAUUCGGCAUUUGGGCCUCAUCCAGGCUUUCGGUUUGGACGAGACCAAGCUGAAGCGGUUCCUCAUUGAGGUGGAGAACGGCUACCCGCAAAGUAAUCGCUAUCACAAUUCUGCCCACGCAGCAUCCGUGGUGCACUUUAUGUAUGCGCUCCUCGUGCACGGUGGCGUGGCUUCCCAGUGCACCAAGGCUGCGCAGAAGGUGCAGGAGGAUAUGCAGGUCAAGUUCGUUCAGCUGGCAGGCAUUCUUGCAGCUCUUUGCCACGACUUCGAGCAUGAAGGGGUCACGAACGACUUCCACAACAAGACGUUGACAGAGCGGUCUGUGACAUACAACAACAGGAGCGUGAACGAGCAGCACCACAUUGCAGCGGCUUUCCGCGUCCUGAUGAAGUCUGACAUGAACUUUCUGUCGGGGAUGAGCAGCGACCAAUUCCAGAAUUUGAGGUCGCUCAUUGUAGAGAUGGUCCUGGCGACAGACAUGGCCUUGAACAACGAGCUCCUGGCCAUUUUCGCACAGAGUGUCCAGGCGUUGGGUGCUGAAGGUUUCUCACCUUCCACGGCUGAGGAAGCCUCUUUGGUGCUGAAGUUUGCUCUCAAAUGCGCAGACGUUGGCCACUUGGCGCUGGACUGGCCUGGACACUUGCGAUGGGUACAGCGGCUGGAAGAGGAGUUCUUUCUGCAAGGUGAUCGUGAAAAGGGCUUGAAAUUAGAUCCUGGCUUUCUGAUGGACCGGGACAA